AUGAGAAAAUUUACCUCCCCUGUCGAUGACUACAUUUACUGUUUAUAGACAAAGCGUAGUUAUCAACAAUAAACAGUAGCAUUUAACAACAGAAAAAUGGGGACUCCCAUCAAGGAUGUGACAAUCCCGGACAGUGCUCCCAACACCCUGCUGCUUCAGAAACAUGCUGAUUACAUUGCUGCAUAUGGUGCAAAAAAGGAUGAUUAUGAAUAUAUUAUGACAGAAUACCUGCGUAUGAAUGGUAUUUACUGGGGGCUGACGGCCAUGUCUCUUGCUGGGCAGCUUGACCGAAUGGACAAAGCUGAAGUUCUUGAAUUUGUUAAACAGUGUCAGCACGAAUGUGGAGGCAUUAGCUGUAGUGUGGGGCAUGAUCCUCAUCUACUGUGUACACUCAGUGCCGUACAGAUACUGACUUUGUAUGGAUCACUGGACACCAUCAACACUGACCGGGUGGUGGACUGGGUCAAGAGCCUGCAGCAAGAAGAUGGCAGCUUCUCGGGGGAUAAGUGGGGUGAAGUUGACACACGGUUCUCCUUCUGUGCUGUCGCCUGCCUGUCACUGCUGGGGAAGUUGAACGCCAUUAAUGUAGACAAGGCUGUCGACUUUGUGUUGUCCUGUAUGAACUUUGAUGGAGGGUUCGGUUGUCGGCCUGGUAGCGAGUCCCACUCGGGGCAGAUCUACUGUUGUGUAGGGAUGUUGGCGAUCACAGGACGACUCCAUCACAUCAACGCCGACCUCCUGGGGUGGUGGCUGUGUGAGCGACAGUUGCCGUCUGGGGGUCUUAAUGGUCGGCCAGAGAAGCUUCCUGAUGUCUGCUAUUCCUGGUGGGUGCUGGCAUCUCUCAAGAUCAUCGGCAAACUGCACUGGAUUGACAAGGACAAGUUGAUUCAGUUUAUCCUGGCAUGCCAGGACGAGGAGACAGGAGGAUUUGCGGACCGGCCAGGGGACAUGGUGGACCCGUUUCACACACUGUUCGGCGUUGCAGGAUUGUCUCUUAUGGGGGACACAACAAUCCGCCCCGUCAAUCCCAUCUUCUGUAUGCCGGAGGAAACGAUUAGGAAGGUUGGGAUCCAACUGGACCUGUUAUGAUGCUCACAUUCCUUGUCUCACAACAUGUUCAUACUAGGCCGUGUUCCACAAUAAGGCUGCUGCCGAGCGUCAUGUCAACACGGACUGUCGUAGCAUCAUGCUCAUGGAAAUGG